AUGGGCUGGAUGGCGAAUACCGAUAUUCAGCCACCGACAAGCCUACGUGCAGUGUUGUCGUAUAUAGGGAAGUACGUCUCCAAGCCUGAAAAGUCUUCUACGUCGUAUACUGAACUACAGGCCCAGGUCCUUCCCUUUAUGAACGACCGAGCGCCCCUACUGUCCUUUGUAUCUAAGAUGCUUAACAAGUUGAUCGGAGAACGCGACUGGUCAGCGCAAGAGAUAUCGCACAUCCUCUUACAGCUCCCAGUCCAAAAAUCCUCACGUAUGCUCGUGGGCUUGGACUGUCGCCCGGAUAACGUCCAGCGUGACCUGAUUGUCCUUGAGUCGGGAGAGGUGACGGCCCAGCGUUUGGUACUGCGGAGGUAUCAAGACCGACUUGCGGACACGAAGCAUGGAGAUGCGGCCCUCAUCGAUCUCUCACUUUUUGACUGCUUACGGCACUGGGAUUGGCUAACGUGGAAGGUUCGGCCCCGAGCCAGCCCGCGGGUGAUCAACUACUACCCCCGAUUGGGACGACCUGUUGAUGGUGGAUGGUCGGGUGUAUGGGUCCUAUAUCGAUGUUUUUCGGGCCUGUCUCCGCUCGCAUACUCGCCCGAUGCUUUUCGGGCCUGUCGCCGCUCGCAUGCUCACCCGGAAGACUUCUAUACGGAUCCGGACCCGGAAUCUGGGGCGUCGGACACGGAGAGCGAUGAGGAUUCCGAGGAACAGGCGGAGGACCACCCUUUGGCGGACUUUGAAGCAUUUGCUCGCCGGAGACCGCAUGAAGAUUUCACUCGUGUCGACUUGCUCGAUAGUCUAGGCUCCCGGGAGAUGGACCGUGACUAUGAUUGGUCCUCCCACAUCGGCCGUUACGACAUACCCCCUGACAUCUGGGACCAGGUCAAGGCCGAGAAUCCGAUAGCGCAAGCAGUUUUGAUGGACUCCUCACCAGAUCCUUUAAAUCCAGAACAGAGGAAGUUGUACGACGCCGUGGUGAGUCAAUAUUCUGAAGAGCUUACUUUGGAUGCCCCGCUCCCCCGUCAGCUCCUCUUAAAUGUGGACGGUGUUGCCGGGUCCGGGAAGACCUUUACGCUUCUGAAAAUUUGUGCACGGAUUCAGGAGCUUGCUGUCGAGGCCGGAAAGCAGAACCCGGUCUUUCGAGCGGCUCCUACGGGUAUUGCGGCAUUCAAUAUCGUUGGGGAAGAAGUCAGAUUUGUCAGUCGCUACCUUGCAGUCCUUGCAAGCCCUGUUUCGGGACUGUCGCUUCUUGAUCGUUGA